AUGGAUGCAGAAAACAUGUUGCUGGAAGAAGCAAAUGUCAAGACUUACAAGGCCGUAAUAACUCUCUGUAGUGACAAAGAAGUUGAAACAUUGGGUAAUGAAGCUGGCAAGAAAGGUGAAAGUUCCAUUUCUAAUGCACAAGGUAAAAAUUCUGAUGUUGAUGUUUCUUUGGAACCAAAGGUAACUCCUCCGGCACCCUUUCCUCAAAGAUUGGUUCCUUUACAUAAAGAUAAACAUCAUGAUGAGAUUUUGGACAUUUUUAGACAAGUGCGCAUUAACAUUCCUCUUCUUGAUGCCAUUGAGCAAAUCGCCACGUAUGCCAAAUUUUUGAAAUAUUUGUGUACGGUUAAAAGAAGACUUAAUGUGAAAAAGAAGGCAUUUCUCACGGAACAAGUUAGCCCCAUUAUCCAAUCCAAUAUUCCUCCUAAGUAUAAAGAUCCGGGUUCUCCAACAAUAGCUUGUGUUAUAGGAAGCUCCAAAAUAGGCCAAGCACUACUAGACUUAGGUUCUAGUGUCAAUUUGCUUCCUUAUAACACCUAUGAACAACUUGGUUUAGGAGAGUUGAAACCAACUUCUAUCAUCUUGCAAUUGGUCGACCGUUCAAUUAAAAAGCCUAGGGGAGUGGUGAAAGAUGUGUUGGUGCAAGUGGAUAAAUUUUAUUAUCCCGUUGAUUUUGUGGUCUUAGAUGUUCAAUUAACUCCUCACUCUGUUUUUCAGGCACCCGUCAUUUUAGGGAGGCCAUUUUUGGCUACUUCCAAUGCUUUGAUAAAUUGUCGCAGUGGCAUCCUUAAAUUGACUUUUGGCAAUAUGACGUUGGAGUUAAAUGUGUUCAACACUUGUAGGCAACCACAAGAUUUGAAAGAACUCCAGGAAGUGAAUUGUUUGGAAUCUUUACUUGCUGAAGAAUUUUUUUUAGAGCAAGAGAGUCAAAUGGAACUUGUUUUACCUGGAACCUUAGAAAAUAGUGAAUUGUUGGAUACUAAUGUAGUAAAUUCUAGUGCAGGUAGCAAAAUGGACUCAUUGUGGCAACUUAAGUUUGAAGAUCUGCCACUUCAAUCCAUACACCAACAACCAUCAGAUGAAGUUUCUCCAUCACCGGUUUUGAAACCACUACCUGAAUCGCUGAAAUAUGUUUUUCUUGGGCCAACUAACACUUUUCCAUGUAUUAUCUCAUCUUCUUUGUCAUUGAGCAAGAGGAGCAACUCCUACGGGUUCUUAAGCAACAUAAAUGAGCACUUGGAUGGUCGAUUGCCGACAUCAAAGGAAUCAACCCCACCAUUUGCACACAUUGAAUUUUCUUGGAGGAGAAUUCAUCACCAACUUGAGAAUUGCAAAGGAGGUUGA